UAUUCCAGUUGAGAGUAUAUCGCGGUUACAUGCCGUAAAACCAAUGCCGAGGAUUGUGUAGCCUCACUGCAUAACAACGCGAGCAGUUAUGACGCUAUAUCAUCGUCAAAUUUAGUUACCCUUUUUACUGAGCACACGUAUAGCAACCUGUGUCACCCUAUAGUUUACGGUGCUACAAGCAUUUCCUAAAUUAAUAAGUCUGCGAUAUAGUGAGAAAGAGUGUAAAAGUGAGUUUGUUUCAAAGUUUAUAGAGGGCUGAUUAUUGGAAAUUAGCAUUACUGUUCAAUUAUUCGGCCGCCUCGUCAUCUUGAAGCAAAUCGAAUGAAAUUAAAAUGUAGGGAAGAAAUUGGGUCCAUGUGCCUGCUACUCCCGUUGUAAGGGUAACCACUUGAAGAGCUGAAAUCCUCUAAAUACAAAUGAAUUUCAGUAUCGCUUCACGGUAGUUCGGAAACCACCUAAAGCUGUAGGUCCAUCUCUCAUCAUCAUCAUCCGUCUCAUUGUAACGGGGGACAUAAACAUUGAUAUUAGGAAUAAUAGUGCUAAUAUUCGUAAAUUUCAAAAUAUGCUCCGUUCAAAUAAUUUUUACUGCUUUAACUAUGAACCUACUCGGUUUGAAUCUUGCCUCGACAAUGUUUUUUUCAAACAUAAAGCACAAUGAAAUUGAAUGUACUGUAGAGGAGCCUCAUUUAUCAGACCAUUCUGGGAUAAAACAUAUAUAAAAAAGGAAUUGAAAAAAUCUAACAAUACGGCAAGUGAAAACCCCUUUUAUUACAGAAGUGUGAGAGGUCCAAAUAUCGAUUUACUAAGACAUAAACUAUCCACUAUCGAUUGGGUUGAAGCUUUUAACAAAGUUGAUAGUGCUGAAUUAGGCACAAAUUUGUUUAUAAACAAUUUGACUUGUCUUUUGAAUCAGUGUUGUCCAAUUUCAAAGAAGAAGAAAUUUCGCAAACAAAAAGCAAACUUACCACUGAAUAAUUGGUUCACUCCUGAAUUGGAUAGAAUCCGUUCAAUUUUGGUGGUAUAUCAUGAAAUUUCGAAAUGUAAUACAGACCUCUUACCGAUUUAUCGUCGAUUGAGAAGGGAAUACAAGCAGAGGAUCAAAGAAGCAAAGCAGCAGGCCAAUGGAAAUUUUAUUAGUGAGUCCAGUAACAAAUGCAAAGCUGCCUGGAGAGUAAUUAAUUCUGAGACCAACCGGCUAAAACGUAUUGAUGAGGACCUACCUAUCUCUGCUACUGAUUUCAAUGAGCACUUUGCAAACUUCUGUAAUAAUAUACAAAGACCCAAUGACCAUAAUGCGGAUUUGUCUAGUGCUAUGAAGGUGCUGAGUCAUCAAACAAUAGACAGAGAAAGGUGCAUUUUUGGAUGGAGAGAGGUCACUGUGGAUGAUGUCAGAGAGGUAAUAGACAGUUUGAGUAAUUCUCAUUCAGAGGAUUUCUAUGGUCUUUCUAAUUUCUUAUUGAAGCAGCUGAAAGAAGAACUGUUGCAACCUUUGACUUACCUCAUCAACUGGAUACUCAUUGAUGGUGUCUAUCCUUCCUGUCUAAAGGUUUCUGUCACUGUGCCUGUCUACAAAAAAGGAGAUAAAUCUUGCCCAGAUAAUUACAGACCUAUCUCUCUUGUCCCAGUUAUAUCAAAGGUGGUAGAGAGUCUGAUGCAGAAACAAUUGGUCAAUUACAUGGAGAGAAAUGACUUGUUCACGUCAUCCCAGUUUGGUUCCAGGAGUGGCAAAUCUACAGGUAAAGCUGUGGAAGGUCUUGUCUGCAUAUUCUGAAGUGCUUUGAACUGGGUCAUGAUGUUUCUGCAACACUUCUAGACUUAAGUAAGGCGUUUGAUAUUGUGGAUCACGCUAUUCUGCUUGAGAAGAUAAAAUACUAUGAAGUGAGGGAUAUUGAAUACAAUCUUUUGAAAUCUUACUUAAGUAACAGGUUGCAAACCACCAGGAUAGGAUAUAAAAAGUCUGGGCUACUUGAUAUUAGAAAUGGGGUCCCACAGGGCUCGGUCCUCGGUCCAUUCCUUUUCUGGUCUAUAUAAAUGACCUUCCCGAUUAUGCAACUGAGGGUGAAUGUAUAUUAAACGCAGAUGAUACUACAUUUCUGAUAAAUGAUAAAGAUCCAGGAAAGCUUGGCCAGAAAACAGCGCUCAUUGUUAAUAAAGCUGAGUAUUGGUUUAGUGUUAAUAGGCUGAUCGUUAACAUCAACAAAACAGAGUCCUUACUGUUUAGCUUAAAAUAGUUCUUCUUGUUCUUUUAGAGAGAACAAGAAUGUGAAAUUUUUAGGCAUACACCUGAAUUCUAAGCUGAGCUGGGAUACUCAUACUAUGAACCUCUGUAAACGUUUAUGUUUACUUGGCAAGUUGAAAUAUUGUACCACCUUUGAUUUGGUCAUCAAUGCCUAUUAUGCUUUUUUCCAUGUUCAUUUGUUAUAUGGAAUUCUGAUCUGGGGUAAUGCUCCUGGUGCUAAAGAUGUAUUACUGUGGCAAAAGAAGGCUCUGAAAAGAAUGAUUGGCAUCCCAUCCACUGAGUCUUGUAGGGAUCAUUUUGUAAGACUAGGAAUACUCACUGUACCGUGUCUAUUCAUUCUUAAUUGUUUGCUCUUUGCUAAAGGUAAUCUCGAUAAAUUAAUGCAAAGAAGCGAUAUACAUAGUCACAUCACAAGAAAUAGGAAUCAGCUGCAGGUAACGCAGGCUAGAUUGACUAAGACUCAAAUGAACUUUGAGUAUAUGAGUAUAAAAUUAUUUAAGAAGUUACCAUUAGAUGCUAGAGAUGUUAGUUUUAGAAAAUUUAAAACUAUAAUGUUCCUGAAAUCCAAACCACUAUAUUCACUCCAAGAAUGGAAUGACUUGAGUAUAGAGAGCCUUUCUUUUUUAUGAUUUAUUCCACUGUUCAAAUAUAUUCAUAGGCUAUAUCUAUUCAUGUAUCAUUUAUGUAUAGAACUCAUUUUUUGUUGAAGUUUAUUGUGAUAUGUGUUCCGACUCCUUAUUGACUUCUGUAAAACGCUUUAUUUUGUAUCUGU